CCCGACCGCGCCCGCGGUCGCCGCCGCACCCACUCACCGACAGCGUCGGGAGGGGAUAAGGGCGCCACGCCCCGACCCCUCGAUCCCAUUCCCCCACUCGCUCACCACUCCCCUCGCUCUCUCCACCUCUCCCUCUCCAUCGAUCUAGAGAGGAGGCCGACGCGAUCGUCGCCGCGCCCGCUUCGAUCCCGCGCUCAACAGCCACCCCUUGUCGCUCCGCCGUGCCCACCAGCUUUGACCUGCUCCCCUAUGCUACCCGCGCCAUCGGGCUUGAGCCAGGCGCCUCUCCUUCGAGCGGGGCGAGGACGUCUUCAAUCUCGAGUCACUGUCAUUUUCGUCGUCUCCUCCGGCAUCAGUGAGCCUCCCCCAGGCCCGCCUUUGCACCCAUAUAGGACGUUGUGAGCCCCCGCUCCUCCUCUCUCCCUCUUCUACCUUGCAUGCGCCCGUUAGAUGCCCCAGCCACCGUGCCCAACGAGCUCCGGUCCCGUCAACACCGCUGACCGUCGCCGUUGCCACCGAUGCCGGCCACCCCAGCUUUCCCCACUACUACCUGUAGACGCGCGGCACUGCGGCCGUUCGAUAGGACCAAGCGGCGGACCAAAUGGUUGCCUGCACGACAAUUCCAGCGCGUCGCCGCCGUUCCGAAGGUCGCCGGCGCUCUCCGUGCACGCGUUGGUUUGGACCGGCAAACUGCUUCUGGCGCUCUUCUGCUGCUUCUAGCGCCGACGCCACUGCCCCUCCGCCCGCGCUUGCCGCUCGCCGCUCGCACCUGUCGCUGCUGCCUGCCUGUGGCGCCGAUCCUUUUACCGUCGCCGUCCGCCGUUCCGAUGCCGCACCCACCCCCGCACAGCGCGCGUGCCCGCCACCUCUCGACCGCUCGCGUGCUGCUCUUGCUCGCCUACCGCUGCUUGCUACCACGGUGCUGCUGCUGCAUCCUAGCUUACCACACCGAGACCGACAUCGCCGCUACCCAGUACGACUACGGUGUUGAGGACCCCUCCUUGCCAGAGUAACCAGGCAAGCCCCCCCUUGAUCAAGCCGAUAUCGCCUAUUAUUCUCUAUACUUCUUGCAUUAGAGUUGUGUAGUUACUGAUUCAGGUUAAUCCUAUUCCGUUGCAUAGCCUAUCAUUGUUGCUACAGUUGUUGAUACCUUACCUGCAAUCCAAAAUGCUUAAUAUAGGAUGCUAGUUUAUCAUUAGUGGCCCUACAUUCUUGUCCGUCUGCCAUGCUAUACUAUCGGGCCGUGAUCACUUGGGAGGUGAUCGCGGGUAUAUACUUAUACAUAAUAUGUGAUACAGCUGGUGACUAAAGUCGGGUCGGCUCGUAGAGUACCCGCAAGUGAUUCCGAUGAGGGGGCUGAAAGGAUAGGUGGUUCCAUCCCGGUAGAGGUGGGCCUGGGUUCCCAACGGCCCCUGACUGUUACUUUGUGGCAGAGCGACAUGGUAGGUUGUGACCACCUAGGUGAGAGGUGGGCCUGGCCCAGGUCGGCGUUUGCGGUUACAUCAAUGAACACGCCUAACGAGAUCUUGGUAUCUGAUCUGAGUCUAGCCACUGGCCUAUACGCACUAACCAACUACACGGGAAUAACUAUGGGCACUCGACAUCGUGGUAUCAGUCGAAGCCUUCUUGAUGUCAACGACUGAGCGGAGCACGCCGGGUUGGACCACGUAACGCAACUACCUUUGUAAUGGAGGUUGCUAGGUCUGCUCACUGGCCGCCCACGCAACAUGCACGUGUGCAAUGGACGAUGGGCCCAGACCCCUGCGCCAUAGGAUUUAGACCGGCA